CACAUACAACUGAACCACGGUAGACGUUCACCAUCAAUAAAAGUUACUGCACGCUAUCAAAUGGGGGAAAACGGGUAAACUACGAAAGAGGCUGAGAGUGGAAAAAGAGAAAAAGGAACAACCAUCAAUAGAACUCAACCAUUUGUACAAUGCAUUUAAUUUUUCGCAAUUGAAAACAACAGAACAAAACAAUAUUAAGCAUAGAUUAACUGAUCGCUUUUUGGUACAGUGGUGUCGUUGCUUUUUCAUUUUUGAAUUGACUCUUAUGCGGUGGAUGAAUGCAUAAAUUUAUUUUGGCCGCUGUAGUGCACAAGGCAUCAUCGAAUCGACAACGCGAACGGUACGGUUUGUGAACGAAAAUUGUGUGUCGAGUGAUUUAAACAGUAAAAUGCAAUCAAUGUGAAUCUAUUGAGUUUGUUUUUCUGAAGUGAUUUUCUACUGAUAAAUUUCAGUGGUUUUCGCAAUUUUGGAUACAAUUUCACGUAUAAUAGAAGUUUUGUUUGACCAAACAACUUGAUUUUUUAUCGGGGAAAAUGUUUUAAUCUUAACUUAGAGAUAGAAAAAAAAAAUAGUCUGAUUGUGUUCAUACCAGUGAAUGGAAGGAAAUUUAAAAAAUCGAUUGAUUAGUUAUCAAUAAAAAGCAACACAGUCGAAAAAAACAAAAUUUCAUUUGAAAUCUACAUUCUCUAUUAGUGAAAAGUGUUUAGUUAUUUUUUUAAACUACAACUCGAAUAUACCGAUGAAAAUGUCAUCACAAGAUCCAGAUAUUGAUAUCAACGUCGUUUCAAGUCCAGAACAUUCACCACAACCGGAAUAUAAUACGACACGGAUAAAAUUUCAAUCCGCAACAUCAACAAUUCCAACAACAAUGUCAAAUCGCGUCAUGAUUAAUGCAAUAUCCGAUUCAUCGCGACUAAGUCCCGUCGAAAUGCCAGCAGACAAUAGUAAAUUGUCAGCCAAUUCGGGAUAUACCAGUUUUACUAUAUCCAACAUUCUAAGUCGAAAUGAUCCUAAGAAAGAUUUAACCACAUCCCCCAAUAAUUUGUCGUUCAUUGAUGCUAACGGAGCCACAGUUCAUGACGCUGCUAUGAUUUCAAGAUUGGGUUUCAUUUCACGUUGGGGUGCACUCGCAGGAAGAUAUGCAGCUUUAUGUCCGCCCGGUUGGCCUUGGACUCACCACAGAAUGCCAUUCCACAGCCCAACACAUGAUAGUUCAUCAACAAAUACGACUGAUAAUGCAUCGCCGUCGGCCAGUCCACCUACGAUAGUAAAACCAUCGCCGGUACAUCAUUCGUCGUACUUGAACAACACAAACGAUGAAUCGGAUGAUGAUGAAAAUGAAAUAAUUGACGACGAUAUGUCCGAUAAUGUGGAAAGACCUUCUGACAGCAAUUCACCCCAUCCGAACGGGUCAUCGCAAAACAAACGCAAAAAGAAAACUAGAACAGUAUUUUCUCGAGCACAAGUCUUUCAAUUGGAGUCAACGUUCGAUCUAAAACGAUAUCUGAGUUCAUCUGAACGAGCUGGCUUAGCAGCAUCACUACGCUUGACCGAGACACAAGUGAAAAUAUGGUUUCAAAAUCGACGAAAUAAAUGGAAGCGCCAAAUAGCUGCCGAAUUGGAGGCAGCCAAUAUGGCAAAUAUGGCGCAUGCGGCUCAACGAUUAGUGCGUGUACCGGUAUUAUACCACGAGGGAAGCGCGGGUAGUUUUGUUCCACCACCACCUCCACUUUCUAGUUCAGCAUCAUUUUACUACCCUCGAAACGGAAGUCCACCGAGACCUCCGAUGUCAUCAUUGGUGUAACUAAGUGAACCGAGUGCUAAAUAAAUGGACGACUUUAAUUUUUUUUAAAGACUCGCAACCGAAACAACGUGCAACAAUCUGACGCAUACGAGCACCUUUUAACUCUUGUUUUCACCACAAACUCUUCAGUUUUCGGAAAUAGUAUGUUACAUGCAAAAUCAUACUAACGUAUGAAAAUGCAUAAAUUGAAACUGCUCACUGUGCAAAGUCUUUGGUUGCAAAGUGAUUUGGGAUGGUUUUCAAAUCAAUUUGGUUUAAAAUAACAAUUCAAUUUAUUUUGUUUUGUUUUGUGUAAAGUAUUGCAUUGACUCCAAUGCACAAAACUCAAUUUCGUAUGCAAACUUUGCCAGACAACCAUCAUCCUCCCAAAUGACUAUUGACGCAAUAGAUGCCAAUUUUUAUUUAUGUGAAAUUACUUACAUCAUGUGUGAAACAACAAGAAUCUCAUCUCAUUUUGUAUUCAUAGGGUAUUUUUAUUGAAGGUAAGUUAAUGCUCAAAGUCAAAAUAUUUGUAUAGCUUGUGCUUGGUUUUUUAAUGUUCGAAUAACCUUAUUUUGAGAGCACUUUUGCUGGCGACAAAGUGAAAGGAAGUAGCGUCGUCAACAGAAUUAACAAAUUAAUAACUUAACAUUCAACAGAUUUAAGACGAUUCUCUGUCACUGUUCUGUUGGAUUUUGUCAACUCAUUUACAAUCCGCAAGUGAGAGCGCUCUCUUCGUCACUUAUUUGAAAUCUUAAAAAUGAUUAAGAAAAAACCAGUACGGAUAAUCUUUUUGAUACAUAAGUAGCAAUGUCUCCCUUCGUUUGUUCAUAAUAUCACGUUUGAAAUCUAAUAUGCCUGAUGAAAAUUGGCGAGAUUCAUCGUAUUUUGUUCGAUUUUUUGCUGUUUUUCUUUGCUCAUCGAGUUUUUCGUUCUUACCAUUUCAAUUCCGAGUUCAUCUCAUAUAGGCAUAAAGUGUAUAAUGUAAUAUUAGCGAUAUUUCCCAAAAAUAUUUAAAUGCUGUAGCAGAUUAUUCGCAGUUGUUAAAGCUAAUAACUACCUCAAAUAGGUUCAAUUUUGGCUACUUUCAUAUGAAAAAAUUAGCUUGAAUCCAAGAGGUGUAAAUAGUACUUAUCCUCAUUCAAUUUAACAUUUCAUUCAGUAUUUUUUUUCUAUUCAUUUACUUCUUUUUUGCUAUGACGGAAGUGACUAUUUUAUUCUAUUUUGAGAAUUUUAGGCAGGUUUCAACAUAGUCUAUUUUGAUUCGAUCGACCGACCGACAUUAAAAUUGUAAUUUUAAAGAUACACAUUUGGAAGUGACAUAUUUACAAGCAAAAAGACAUUAUGUGGCCAAAAAUAUUCAUUAUAUAUAAUAUUUUGUUAUUAUACCGGUCGUUGUCCUUGAUUUUCUCGAAUGUAAAAAAUACCUGUUUUUUUUCGAAAUUAGUUUUGUAUGAAAUUAGUAUGAAAGUUUCAAAUGAAGAGUGCAAUGAAAGGAAUUUUCGAAAACCGACAUGUUGUGGAAAGUUAUGGAAUCUUUUUUUAAAUACACUUUGGCGUGUAUUUUACUAAUGGCUGUUCCAAGUGUUGUGACUUUGAUUUUCAAAACAGCAAAUUUCCAAUAACUACAAAAUGGAUGUGAUAGCUCAGUGAAUAAUAUGUUUAUAUCUUACUUAGUUAGAUUUCACUGGUCAGUUCACAGUUCUUCUAUUAAAGCCAUAACUUUGACUUGUGAUCUGAAAUACGACAGGUGAAAAUAAAUUUGUCCCAAUAAUUUAUUGUGCCAAUUUAUUACGAUUCUGCCUAAACACAUUCAAUUAGUAGUUUUAAGAAAUUCGCAGUUUCAAAAAUGAUAGCCACGCAAAGAAUGUGGAAUAGACAUAAAUGUUGAUAUGAUUUGAACAUUUAAGUAAAAUAUAUCAUAUGUAUAUUACUGAAUGUUCUGCGAAUACAUCAUCUUACACUGUAAAAGUGUCCAAUGUCCAUAAUUGCCGUAUUCCCACUUGAUUAUUCCUAAAAACAUUAGAUUGCUCAAUGCAAAAUGGUUUCAUUAUUUUUUCAUAUUACAUACAUUUAAAUCCAAUCAAUACGGUGUUCUAACGAGCAACAAAAAUCUCAUUUUCAUUAUAUGGUUGAAUAAAAUUCGUUUACUACACAUUUCAAUUGUCAAGCAAAUAUGUCAGGUCACAAUAUACCCGAUCAUCCUGAGGUUUAGUUUGUAUAUUAAUGUCAAAAUCAAUAUCUAGGGGCUUUUAUCUCUAUUUGCCAAUACAAAUUUAUCACAAAGGCAAAUACAAUAGACGUCAACAGCGAGUACAACUACCAUUUGGUUGGACGUUUUGCUAUUAAGUUAGUUUAAGUAGCUUAAAUAUAAGUUAAGUAACAGUAAAGUACUGAGCUUCAUGUCAAGUCUACUGUUAAGUCUAAACCUUAAUGAUUUCUACAAAAAUCAAUAGAUGGCGUUAGGGUCUAGCCUUGUGAAAUUUAUAUGCGAAAUGGUGAAAAUAUACGUCGUAUACGCGGGUUAUAUGUGAAAUAUGCACAAAAUAUACGGCAAUUAUACGUAGUUAUACGUAUUUAUAUGAAACAUUCGUUUGGAGUUAGAAGCCCCUAGAUCAAUAUAUAGUAAAAUUCAUAUAUAAACCUCAGUUUCGAAUGGUAUUGGAGUGAUAAUAUCACAUGAUUUUAAACAUUUUAAACCAGAACCGUCUUUUGACUCCCGGUGCCCUGAGGUAAUAUUUGUAACCUUAAUUUUUUUUUUCAACCUUUUGAACAUUGCACCAAUCAAAUUAAAUGCAAUAUUAAGUGAAAAAAGCGAUUGGUAGUCUCUUCAAUUUUCAUUACAUCAUUUUUAGUUUCAACCGAUUUAAUUCUUUUCUGUUCAACGAGAAUUUCUUAAAUACCUCUUAAAUACUGGGUCUUGAGUCAUUACCAGGCCCAGAUGGCACUGGUUUGAGCAUUGUGAAACAUCACUGAUAUUUGGUGAAUUUUAUUUGGGUGUCGGACAAAUGUUGAGUUACAGAUAGCAUAUGAGUAAUUUGCAAAAGUAUACGGCUAGAGUGAACAAAAUUUGUUAAUACUUACUGCUGUAAUACAAUGAACCCUGAGGGUAAACACCAGGACGAAUCAGCUAAACCUAUUCAAAUUAUGAUCUUUUCAAAUCUGUCAAAAUGACAAUUAUCAUUAUAAUUUUAAAAAAUUGGGAUAUCGAGUCAUUAUGUUGAAUUGUAACAUUACGAAAAUCUUGUAUUCAGUGUCCAACCCUUAAAAACAUGAGUAUUAUUUAGUAGUUAUCGAUCUUGAUACUUACAUAAUGGUCCUGUCAAUAUGAACUGCUGAGAAUAUCCGUUGGACGUAUUUCGAUGCUUAGUUGAAUGUGGAACUUGGAAAAAGCUGUACGGAAAAGCGGGGUAAGUUGUUGUUGUAUUCACGGCUUAAAAAACCCCCAAGACAAUCAUUUUUAUGCAUCGCUUUUGCGUACAACUUUCUCAAGUUUGACAUUUAAAAACGCAUCCAAACACGUUCAACAAAUAUUCUCAGCACUUCAUAUGUAGUAAGAAUUUUACUUCUUUCAAUUUAUUUCUAUAUCAAUGGACCAUCGGUAUAUUGAGCACACAUUUUUUUUAAAGUCAAUCCAGCAGAACUAAAUGAAAGAAGAUUUAUCAGUGUCCAUAUUAUACAUAUUUCACAUUUCGGGGUUAUAAACAUUCAUUGCAGCUGAUUUGAUGAAAUUGUACCUUGAACAUUUCUCGUCAAGUAAAUUCUCUCCAAAGCAUAACUAUUUUUACCGCAACUUGCUACACUUCCCAAUUUCAACAUUUCGUUUAUUUCUGAAAAAAUAAAUAAAUACUAGAGUAUAAAUUAUGCAUAUUUGUUGUAAGAUUGACACGAAUUCGUUCUAUUUAUAAAGUUAAUGUGACAAAUAUUAUAAGAAGGCCAAAAGUCAAGAGGAAAACCAAUGGAAAAUAAUCAAGAAGUCAGUCAAAUAACAAAUAACUAAGAACAAAUCCGAUAUUUAAUCAUACCCGUACGAAAUCACUCAAACACAAUGGUGAUUAUUUACAAUGUAAUACAAUGAAAUAGUUUUUAAAUGCCAAUAGUUUUAUGAAGUGGUGCAAGAAUUUAUCAAACUUCUGUAAAUAAAAAAAUCAAUGUUCACAUUUGCAAAAUUAUAACAGAUCGAAAUAAAAUCUCAGAACAUAAACUAAA